GGGAGCGCGCUCUGUGUGGCCGCUGCCGCCAUGUUGUUGUGGUUGUGAGAAGGCGGCGGCAGCGGCGGCGGAGCAGCCGGACGAGACGCUCCAGGGGCCGAGCGCUGGCCCCCCCGCCGGCCCUGGCUGGUAGCCUGGUGGGGUGGCGGAGGAGGCUGUGCCGUGGUGGACUUCGCCAUGUCCUGUCGCCCGAUUUCCUUGUGAAACCUUGUAUAGUAGUAGAAAGAUUCUCAGGACAAACUUCAUUUGAUCUGAGCAUAAGAGAAAGAAGAGCCUUGUCAGACACUGAAGAAGGGACGGGGAUCUCUCCUCCUGAUCUGGGCCUCCUGUCAUGGAUGAAGAGACUCGGCACAGUCUUGAGUGCAUCCAGGCCAAUCAGAUCUUUCCCAGGAAGCAGCUGAUUAGAGAGGAUGAGAAUCUUCAGGUUCCUUUCCUGGAGCUUCAUGGAGAGAGCACAGAGUAUGUGGGCCGUGCUGAGGAUGCCAUCAUUGCCCUUUCUAAUUACAGACUUCACAUCAAAUUUAAGGAAUCUCUUGUUAAUACUGCUUCUCACUCUACUGCUUCUGAAAUCCCAGUUCCACUACAGCUUAUAGAAAGUGUUGAAUGCCGAGAUAUAUUUCAGCUUCAUUUGACUUGCAAAGACUGCAAAGUUAUCAGGUGUCAGUUCUCAACAUUUGAGCAGUGUCAAGAUUGGCUCAAGAGGCUGAAUAAUGCAAUUCGACCCCCUGCUAAAAUAGAAGAUCUCUUUUCAUUUGCUUACCACGCUUGGUGCAUGGAGGUCUAUGCCAGUGAAAAAGAACAACAUGGAGACCUGUGCAGACCAGGAGAGCAUGUAACAUCAAGAUUUAAGAAUGAAGUGGAGCGCAUGGGAUUUGAUAUGAACAAUGCCUGGAGGAUUUCCAACAUCAAUGAGAGAUACAAGUUAUGUGGUAGCUAUCCACAAGAGCUCAUAGUGCCUGCAUGGAUCACUGAUAAAGAACUAGAAAGUGUGGCAAGCUUCAGGUCAUGGAAGCGCAUCCCUGCUGUUGUCUACAGACACCAGAACAAUGGAGCUGUUAUUGCCCGCUGUGGACAGCCAGAGGUCAGCUGGUGGGGCUGGCGCAAUGCAGAUGAUGAGCACUUGGUACAGUCAGUAGCCAAAGCAUGUGCUUCUGACUCACGAUCGAGUGGCAGGAAGCUGUCAACUAGGAACAGUUCUCGAGAUGUUCCCAGUCGAGGAGACCUUUCUGAUGUGGAGUUUGAUUCUUCUCUGUCUAAUGCUUCAGGAGCAGAGAGCUUAUCUGUCCAACCGCAGAAGCUUUUGAUCUUAGAUGCACGCUCCUAUGCAGCAGCUGUAGCAAACCGAGCCAAAGGAGGAGGCUGCGAAUGUCCAGAGUAUUACCCAAACUGUGAAGUUGUGUUUAUGGGAAUGGCAAACAUUCAUUCUAUUCGGAGGAGUUUUCAGUCUCUGCGGUUGCUGUGUACACAAAUGCCUGAUCCGGGAAAUUGGCUUUCAGCUCUGGAGAGUACAAAAUGGCUCCAUCAUCUGUCUGUGCUUCUGAAAUCGGCACUUCUGGUGGUGCAUGCUGUGAAUCGUGAUCAACGCCCAGUGUUAGUGCAUUGUUCAGAUGGCUGGGACCGCACCCCACAGAUUGUGGCAUUGGCUAAGCUCCUACUAGACCCUUAUUACCGAACCAUAGAGGGUUUCCAGGUCCUUGUGGAGAUGGAGUGGCUGGAUUUUGGUCAUAAGUUUGCUGACCGGUGUGGUCAUGGGGAGAACUCGGAUGAUCUAAAUGAGCGUUGCCCGGUGUUUCUGCAGUGGCUUGACUGCGUUCAUCAGCUUCAGAGGCAAUUUCCUUGCUCUUUUGAGUUCAAUGAAGCAUUCCUUGUGAAACUGGUGCAGCAUACCUAUUCCUGCCUCUUUGGAACAUUCCUGUGCAACAACGCCAAGGAAAGAGGAGAAAAGCAUACUCAAGAACGGACCUGUUCUGUUUGGUCUCUCCUUCGGGCAGGCAACAAGGCUUUCAAAAACCUACUGUAUUCUUCUCAGUCAGAAGCCGUGCUGUACCCGGUAUGCCAUGUGCGCAAUCUGAUGCUGUGGAGUGCAGUGUACCUGCCCUGUCCAUCCCCAUCUACUCCCGUGGAUGACAGUUGCGCACCAUAUCCAGCCCCAGGGACUAGCCCUGAUGAUCCUCCUCUGAGCCGGCUACCAAAGACUAGGUCAUUUGACAAUCUGACCACAGCCUGCGACAGCACAAUGCCUCUAGCCAGCCGGCGCAGCAGCGACCCCAGCCUGAAUGAGAAGUGGCAGGAACACCGGCGUUCACUGGAGCUAAGUAGCCUUGCGGGACCUGGAGAAGAACUUCCUGCUGACAGCUUGGGGAAGCCUAGCAGGGUUCCAGGAGGUGCUGAACUAUCUGUGGCAGCUGGAGUGGCAGAAGGGCAGAUGGAGAAUAUUUUGCAAGAGGCCACCAAAGAGGAAUGUGGAGUGGAGGAGCCUGGUCAUAGAGGGAGUAUGAAGAUGCUAGAGGUCAAAGGGGAGGCACCUUUAUUGAAGGAGAGCAGGAUGACCAUGGCUGAGGGCUCAACCAUUGUAUUUUACCAAGAACCAGAGCUAGAUGAUUCUGUUUUGAGGAGCCACCCAGAUACCGUCCUGUCUCUGUUCUCACAGGAUACUCCUGAGAAGCAGGAUGGACACAGUGUUCUCAGUUCACUGCAGGCUUUCCCCAAGGAAGAGGAUAUCCUAGAGGUCUCUGUGGAACAGCCUCAAAUAGGGGCUAUCGUAGAGGAUGGAGGGGAUGCAAUUCCUCACAUCCUGGGAGAUGUUAAAAUUGGCUAUGGUACCUCAUUGUCUAGUUCUCUACUACCUUCCCAAGUCCCAUUUGAGACCAGAGGACCAAUCAUGGACAAUCCCACAAACAUGUUAAUAGAAGAUAAGGUGAAGUCAGAAAGUGAACCUCGAGUCCAUCAUAAACCUUGCCCUAUAAUUAGUGGCAGGUUCAAUGGUAAGGACAUACUUCCUCCAGUGCUGGAGUCCAGGCUUGUGGAGAAGAGCCUAGCUGAGAGACCCCAGGGGGUGUCUGUGGUACAGAGGACUUCGCCUGGCGGCACUGUCAACCCAACACCAGCCCCGUGUGCCUUGGCUUUAGCUGAAUGUAAAGAGGGGCUUGUGUGCAAUGGUGCCCCAGAGACUGAAAACAAGGCCUCAGAGCAGCCUCCGCUUGGCAUUCUUCAGAAGUAUCCCUUGCCCAAUGGGCACUGUGCCAACGGGGAGGCUGGGAGGAACAAGGACUCACUGAGCCGCCAGCUGUCUGCCACAAGUUGUAGCUCUGCCCACUUACACUCGAGGAACUUGCACAAGUGGCUACACAACCACUCGGGGAGACCAUCCACAAAUAGCAGCCCUGACCAGCCUUCCCGCAGCCACCUAGACGAUGAUGGCAUGCCUGUGUACACGGACACAAUCCAACAGCGCCUGCGCCAGAUUGAGUCAGGCCACCAGCAGGAAGUGGAGACCUUAAAGAAACAAGUCCAGGAGCUGAAAAGUCGCCUAGAGAGCCAGUACCUGACCAGCUCCUUGCGCUUCAAUGGGGACUUUGGAGAUGAAGUGACUUCAAUACCCGACUCGGAAAGCAAUCUGGAUCAGAACUGUUUGUCUCGCUGCAGCACAGAGAUUUUCUCUGAAGCCAGCUGGGAGCAGGUGGAUAAACAGGACACAGAGAUGACCCGUUGGCUCCCUGACCACCUGGCUGCCCACUGCUAUGCCUGUGAUAGUGCCUUCUGGCUUGCCAGCAGGAAGCACCACUGCAGGGACAUUGACCGUGUUGAUCAAACGUGGAAUUGUGGAAACGUAUUCUGCUCAAGUUGUUGUAACCAGAAGGUUCCAGUUCCUAGCCAGCAGCUGUUUGAACCCAGUCGAGUAUGCAAGGCUUGCUAUAGCAGCCUACAUCCCACGAGCUCCAGCAUUGACCUUGAACUGGAUAAGCCCAUUGCUGCCACUUCAAACUGAAGCUCAGUGACCUGGGGUGGGCAGAGGCCAAGCUACUGUUCCUCUGACAGGCCCACACAGCCUGGGAAGACUUGAGAGGCCCGUGUACUUGGAAUGGGGCAUGGAACCAACUGUACAGAGUGACAGAAAUUGGGAUGUACCACUGGAUUGUAGAUUGAUUUUUAUUUUAACCGCUCUUCCCUUUUCUAUCCUCCCUCUGCUUUCAAAACAAAAAGGUCCCUAGGUUGUCUUAAUUUUUUUUUUUUAAAUGAAAGACCAGAGGUUGCCAGGCUCCCUCUAGCUGGGCUGCCUUCCGUCUGGCACACCGAAGAAUGGCAUGAUGCUUCUUGGUGUAGAAGACUGAUCAGAGCCAAGAAUAGAGGCCUGAGACAGUGGCUAGGAAUGAAAGCCAGUCGCUAUAUGUGACCAUUCCUCAUGCCACCGCCACAUCAAACUGGUUGGGAAACCUUUGCUGCUGGAGAGGCUGGAAGCAUCUUCCCAAGAACAAUGUUCUAGGUGCCUCUCCUUCCUGAGAAAGGGUCCAUCCCGCCUCACAGAGAUGUAGGAUUGACAUUGGAGGAAGGGCACAUAGUGCAUGGAAUCCCCAAACUCCUUUUGGAAAAGGUGUGUGCUCUUUGAGGCAAGCGAAAGGGGCUGGGGCUGAGUGAUCAGCAUGUUGUUCCCCAUGGGAUUCUGUUUUUAAUUGACCCAGAUUGUGUAGGCUUCCUUUAUGUUCAGGGAGCUGUUCCCUGGGUAGGCUGGAUACUGCUUCCUCAGGCAUAAGAGUGCAGUCCAGUCACACUGUGGUUUCAGGGUGGCCAGGGCCUCCCCUGAGCACAAGUAUACCCAAGAACCCCAUUCCAGGGCCAGAUCCUACAAAUAAUCUCUCUUCCUCAGCCAGUACAGGGAAGUCCAGACUCAGGGUUCCAAAAAUUCCCAUUCCUAAACCAAACAAAUCAUGGAUCUCCCAUUUAAGGGGUAGAAUCAGCCUUUAGAGUUAGAAAGGUCCCCACACAAUCAGCCUUCCUCCUCCUCCCUUUCUUUGGGCAGCCCAGCAUGCCCAAUAAUUCCCCUUGAUCUCCUGAUCACCUGAGUGCACAUAUGCCCACUAGCAGGUGGCUGAGAGUAAAGGGACAGUUGGUGAUUUGGCAAGGUUCCUUAGAGAAGUGACUUGUCUUUCGGGGAGAUUCAGGGCACCUUUCCUCAGUGAGAUUUAAUAUGGUCCAAAACUAGCCUUAAAUCAAGAGUAUAUUUGUGUUGGAAGUGAGUAUGGAGAAGGGUGGAGAGAUGUUUAGGGUUGUGCUCUGUAAGGUUGGCUCCAUGUUUUGUGCCUGCCCUCCCUCUUAGGGAAAGGGAAGGGCCACACUUGAAAAUUGCUAACUGGUAACAAGAUGGGGAACACUGAAGUUCCACCCUUCCCAGUACUCCUCUUCCCUUUUGGAAGCAGUUUCCUGGCUAAGGGCAAGAUAUAUCUUAGGAAGGUGGCUCCUACAUGUCCAUGAGUAUGGUUUACAUGUGAUCCAGACACCUUUCCCAGCACUGUCCAGCCAAAUCCCAAAGUAUCGUGAGCAUGACCCCCAACUCCCACAACAGCAGGUUGCUCAGAGUCCAUGCUUAGUGUAACAGGGUGGUGUUCUUCUCCACACUCUGUGUGGUCUUGUGCAGGUAGGGAGAAGUCAAUGUAGUUAAAGAUUGUGCGGUUCCUAGUGACAGGUGCCAAGAGGUUAUGAUACGGGUUUCUUGGGUCUGAUGUACAGUGUGAAUAAAUGCUUGCAGCUCUUAGCCCUUUUUUGAUCAAUGAAGCACUUUUUUAUUAAUAUUUUUCUUUGUAUGUAAAGGAGGAACCGUAACUCUCCAUAGCUGUACAUAUAACCCUUUUCUCCUAAAGAGGAGUCCGUGCUCCUAUAUUUUUCAUUUUUUGUCAAAGCAAGAAGUAAAUACUUUAGAAUUGUUAAAUAUAUAAAUAAAACAAAUAAAGUUGA